AUGGCGAACGUGUCGAUGGGAGCUGUGCUCCUGCCUCUCGCCGGGUACAUGCUACUGUGCCGCCUCCUGCGCCACCUUCGCGAGACCCUCAUGUACUACCGUUACCCCUACAAGACCCGCGAGAGCUAUGCCAAGAUGACCGCUCACGACGCCUGGGCGAUCCAGCGUGAUGUUCUGACCCUGGAGUUCCCGUUUAUAGGAGGGAAGGGUCUUCAAUAUGCGCUGUUCAAGACUUACGGCAUCUCCACCAUCAGCAAGCUUCUGAUCGAGACGGGACAGCUUUCUACGCCCACAAAGGCUGCUAAGCGCUACGCCGACACGGGCUGCCUCUUUACCGAGUGGAUCGAUAAUGCGCCGGAGAGUGAACGCGCGAAUGCCGCGUUCGCACGCUUGAAUUUCCUUCACAGCCAUUACCAGAAAGCGGGCAAGAUCAGCAACGACGACAUGCUGUACACCCUCGCUGUCUUGGCCUUGGAGCCGAAGCGCUGGAUCGAGCAGUACGAAUGGAGGAAGCUAAACGAGAUGGAGCUUUGUGCUUUCGGCACGUUCUGGAAAUCCGCUGGCGAUGCCAUGGGCAUUUCGUACGAAUGCCUUCCGUCGUACAAAUCCGGCUUCACAGACGGCCUGCAUUGGCUCGACGAACUCGCAAUCUGGGUCGAAGCGUUCGAGUCGCAGCACAUGGUUCCGGAUACCAAUUGUAACCUAGUCGCCGACCACACUACGGAUCUGCUCAACUAUACCCUGCCGAAGCCAUUGCAUAACGCGGGCAAGAAAUGUAUCACCGUCCUCCUGGACGAACGGCUCCGGAAAGCGAUGAUGUACCCCCGCGCCCCCGCUCCCUACUAUAAAGCCAUCUCCACCAUCCUCACCAUCCGCAAAAACAUCAUCAAAUACUGCAUGCCCCCGCGCCCGGCCUUUCUCCGCUACACCUUCAAGAAAACAAAUCCCAAAACCGGCCGGAUCAAUUUCACGCGCUUUGAUGCUGAACCCUGGUACGUCGAGCCGACAUUGCUGAAUCGCUGGGGUCCAGCGGCCUGGGUACGGAGGCUGCAGGGUCUGCCGUUGCCUGGAAAGGGUUUCCAGCCCGAGGGGUAUGUGACGAGGGACGUGGGACCUGAGCGAUGGGUGGGCAAGGGCGGGGUGGAGUUUGAAGCGUCCAUGGCGAAGUUGAUGGCGGAAGGAAGAGGCGGGUGCCCUUUUGCGAAGCUGUGA